AAAAAUUGUUGAAAAAUUGUACGUUGCGACAAGCAUUUUGCGGAAAAAUUAAAAGUAGUUGAACAAAUAGAGGACUGGAGGCUGAUUUCGAAUCCGAUUUUCGAUCAAAAGUUACUCGAGUGACGAGAAAAUUUCUCGAUGGUUCUUCGUGGUUUGCUGGCACCAGCGGCGGCGCGAUGGACACGAAAUAAAACAAGGGGUCAAGAGAAGCAGGCUGCCGGACAAUUAGGAUUAUCGCGUUAUGGACCGCAGGUGAUGAGUGUAUUGUGUUUAUGCACCACGGUACAUCAGACCGGUCAGAACAACAGCCAAACGAACAAAAUACUUCCAAACACACCGCCAAUCUCAUCUGAGGAAGAGAGUAUAAACUCGUUGCAGGAAAUACCCACCGACGAACUGGCUCUAUUAGCUAAGCUGGAGGAAGCCAAUAGGCUUAUCGAAUCGGAUGCAAAAUCGUUGAAUUCGCUCCAAAGCAAUCACAGUAGGAAAGGUUCUGACACAUCUCAAGUGUCUGUGGCGUCGGGGGGCAGCGGAGGAAAUGGCGAUGCUGCACCCCGACGCCACAAUUCAGCUGAUGGUGAAGAGAAUACAUGGACCCUAUGGGGUCACAUCGUCGCUGAUUGGGAUUAUCAUUGGAAGAAGAGGAAAGAAUUCGUCAAAGAAUUAGUGCGUCAAGGAAUACCUCAUCAUUUUAGAGGUAUUGUUUGGCAAUUAUUAAGUGGUGCUCAUGACUCUCCUGUGAAAAAGCAAUUUGCUGAAUAUAUCAAGGCUACGUCCGCAUGCGAAAGGAUAAUCAGAAGGGAUAUAGCCAGAACGUAUCCUGAGCAUGAUUUUUUUAAAGAAAAAGAUGGGCUUGGCCAGGAGAGUUUAUUUAACGUUAUGAAAGCGUAUAGCCUUCAUGAUCGUGAAGUGGGAUACUGUCAAGGUUCGGGAUUUAUUGUAGGAUUACUCCUUAUGCAGCAAAUGCCAGAAGAAGAAGCUUUCGCUGUACUGGUAGCGCUUAUGCAAGAGUAUCGUUUGCGAGACAUGUUCAAGCCGAGUAUGGCUGAAUUAGGGGUGUGCAUGUAUCAGCUAGAACAUUUAGUUGCUGACACGCAUCCCGAGUUACACGCUCAUUUUGCGGCUCAAGGUUUUCAUACAUCGAUGUACGCAUCGUCUUGGUUUCUUACGCUUUUUACCACAACGCUCAGUCUAUCGCUGGCCUGUCGCAUUUUUGACGUGUUUCUCUCUGAAGGCAUGGAAAUUAUUUUCAAAGUUGCACUGGCCAUGUUACAUUUAGGCAAGGAAGAUUUAUUAAGCUUGGACAUGGAAGGCAUGUUGAAGUUCUUUCAGAAACAAUUACCUGGAAGAGCAGAAAAAGAUCCUGAUGGCCUCAUGAAUCUUGCUUAUAGUAUGAAAAUAAAUCCAAAAAGAAUGAAGAAACUUGAGAAAGAUUAUACCGUGUUGAAAAUGAAAGAGCAAGAAGAGAUGAUUGAACUUCGUAGACUUAGAGCCGAGAAUAGGUUACUUAGACAAAGAACUGAACUUCUGGAAGCUGAAUCUGCAGAGUUGGCAGAUAGAUUAGUCAGGGGUCAAGUUUCCCGAGCAGAAGAGGAGGAAACUGCUUUCGUUGUACAAAGAGAAUUAGCAGCACUUCGACACACUCAUCUUGAAACCAGUCAUCAACUUGAACAAGCUCAUGAAGAAUUGAGAUCAUUGUCGCUUUUGCUAGAAGAAAAUGUGACAUCAAAGCAAUCCUCUUUGGAUGAAAUUUUAUUAAAACAGGAAGCAUUGUCGCAAAAAGAAGAAAUGAUACAAUGUUUACAAGAAGAAUUAGUGAAGGUUCGAUUAUACGAGGCAGAGAAUGAAGCGACGAUAAGAGAACUUAGAGCAAGAAUACAAGAAUUAGAAGAAGAUAAAAAAACGUUACGAGAAACAACACCGGAUAAUUCUGUUGCUCAUUUACAAGAAGAAUUGAUUGCAGUGAAACUAAGGGAAGCAGAGGCUAAUCUUUCUUUAAAGGAUCUUCGGCAAAGAGUAAUGGAAUUAAGCAGUGCCUGGCAAAGGCAUUUGCAAGAACAUCGUUCCGCCCAAACGCAACCAGCAAGUGAUUCUACGCCGAAGAAACUUCUGUUUUGGGAGAAUCGAGGACAUGAAGUGCAAAAAUAUGAAGAAGAUUUAAUGACAACCAGAAUUCGAGAAAUGGAAGCUUUAACCGAAGUAAAGGAGCUUAGACUUAAAGUCAUGGAGCUUGAAACUCAAGUGCAAGUUGCUACGAACCAAUUACGUCGACAAGACGAAGGUGGAAAAUUCAUUAAAGAUGAAUUAGAAGCUGCCUUAGCAAGAGAGAAAGAACUUACUACUAAAUUACGGGAGCAACAACAUAAAUAUUCCGAUUUAGAAUCAAAGAUGAAGGAUGAAGCUAUGAUGGCUAGGAUACGUGAUGCAGAGCAUGCGCAACAAGUAGCAGAACUCACGCAAAAAAUAUCUCUCCUUGAAUUAAAAAAUGAAGAGAUGCAUGCGGAAGGUGAGCUUAGGAAUAACUUGGAUGACAGUGAACGAGUCAGAGAAUUACAAGAUAAAGUUGCAGAAUUAAAAGCUGAGUUCCCUACGCCAAUCACCAGCCCGGAGACUGAGCCUUGGCGCUGGCUCGAGUAAGUCUUUAUCCAUCCGACAAUUCAUCUCAAUCUACAAUCAAGUGCUAUGAGAUUCAGAAAAACAUUAGAAUAACAAAUGUUUUUAUCUUUGAAUUUUGAUAUUCUAAUGUCUUUGGACUUUUCUUUGAUACCUACACAUUUGUUCCCCCAUUACCUCGAUUUCUUGUGCUGUCUUACAAUUGUACAUGUAGCAGAGCACUCAGUUUGAUUCUCAUUUGGUCAUGAGGCUAGAAAGUUGGAAGCAACGUUGGACAGGCCAUGGUGGACAAAAUGUAAGAAGUUUCAGUGUUGACACUGAAAGUGAAUUGGACGAGCGGGAUCUCAGAAUUUGUUUACAGGAUCAUAUCAAUGCGACUACACAAAACUCACCAGAGGUAUAGAAAUCCAUGUAUACCAGACAUUAGGCAGCUAAUUAUCUUUUGAACAUACACAGAAGUAUUCCAUUGGCAAAGCAAAUGGGACCUUUUCACGUUUCAUGAUCAUGCUUUUCGAUGUAGAAAACGACGAAUUAUAACGCACAUAGAAUUAUAAAUCAAGAACACAUAGAGAUAAUAGCGAUAUUAUGUUUUUAGUUAACGUGUAAUAUCACUAUAGCUCGUGAUAUAUUAACAGCAUAGUAGCGAUUAACUAGGUAUAAUCUGGUGGUCAUUAAUAACUCAAUAUAAAAUUAUCUGACCCGAAUCGAUUACUGCAAAUAGACUUCGAAAUAUUUGCAAACAUGCUCUUUUAACAUAUAAACAAAAUGAUAUUUAAAUAUCUCAAUCUCUCUUAUAAAUACUUUAUUCUGAUAAUCGUAUAGUGGUAAUACUAUGUUUGUGAUUUUUAUUACUUUAUCUUAAACUUCUAUUGAACCGGAAGCCAUCAUCGAUUCAUUCUAUUGAUUUUUAUGAUCAAUGAUACACAUUUCGAAGUCUGUUUACAAUCGACAAAUACUAUAGAUUAAAUAUAAUUAUGUGACGCAUAAACGACAUGUUUUUAUACGUAUUACGCAUUCUGUGUAUUUUUUGUAAUUUAAACCAAAUGUAAUUCCAUUUAAGGAAUUGUAUAUUGAAUAGAAUGAAAUCCGUCGUUGGGAAAAUUAAUAAAUUAUGAUUGUUUUUUGCGAAGGAAAGAAUGAGAGAAAAAGAAAUGAAAAGAAUUAACAAAAAACAUUUUUCCUGAUACGACGGUAUACUUAGAGUCUCAUUAAUGGGUCGCAGUAGCAUAUUACUCCGAUUGUAGAAUUCUACAGAAAAAUUAAAACAACAACAACAAAAUACAA